GUUUUUGUUUGAUUUACGAUAUAUUUGUAAUACUUUUUAUCUAAGUAAAAUGUUUAAUUUAAAAACAUUUUAUUGUACAUUGAUAUAUAUUCGAUAACUAUGCUAUUUUAUAUCCAAUGAUUUUUUUUAAAUUUGCCGCCAAUUUAAAAUGACAUUGGCAAAAAUCUGACGUUUAAACGUCAGAAUAAUAACCUAUAAAAUGGAUAUUAGUCUAUUUUCCGAUGAUAACUUUGAUACAAAAGCAUGGAUAAAUGAAAUUCUUAAAAAUGGAGAAAAUGAAAAAGAUGGUAAAUCUACCAUGUCCAUGGUAAUGAAACUACAAUUAUAUGUUCAACAAGUUCAUAAUGCUUUGGAAAACACAACACAAGAGAUUCAAGGAUCUCUUCCGACAAUAUUAAGGGAUUCCAAAAAUCUUCAGGAAGAAGCUUUAAUAUUAAAAGAAAAAAUGGUUUUGGUAAAAGAUGAGGUAUUAAAAAUAGAAGAAGAAACAGGAAAUUCAAUAAAUACAAUAAAAAAACUGGAUACUUUUAAAAAUCAACUGUUCUUAGCUAAGCAAGGAUUACAUGAAAGUGAUAAUUGGACUAUACUUGUUAAUGAUCUAGAAGAGGUUUUUGAUUCAAAGAAUAUAGAAAAUAUAUCAAAGAGGAUUUUGGGAAUGCAAAAUUCUUUAAAAUUGCUUGUAAAUGUGUCUGAUUAUGAUGAAAGAAAAUUGCAAUUGGAAGGUUUGAAAAAUAGAUUGGAAGCAAUUGCAAGUCCAUCUAUUGUACAAGCUUUUUCAUCGAAUAACUCAGAGCAAUCAAUAUUUUUCGUAAAAAUAUUCACAUCCAUCAACCGUUCGGCGCAAUUAAAAAAAUACUACCAAAAAUGUCAAAAAGAUAUUCUACUAAAAAAAUGGCGAGACCAAUUGGAAAUCGAACACGAAGACUCGGUAGUUCAAUUGGUCCAUAACUAUUUCAACGUCCUACUAUCGAAUUGGCACAAUCAGUGCAAGUGGUUUCAUCAAGUGUUUGGAAACGACGCUUCCCUUGAAUUGUUUGUUGAUACCUAUAUCGACGUGCUGUCUUCACUGGAACCAUCGAUAAACGUCUGCGCAGACGCAGCAUUAAAGCAGGUUGGAGACAAACUGAGUCUAUUGCACGAGCUUAAGGAAACCACUAAACAGUUUGCCAAUAGUCUUAUAAAACUGCUUGAACCUGUUAAAUUAGACAAUAACAAACUAAGCCUUAUGAUGAAGGCCGUUUACAAGCCUAUGGUUCCAUAUGUUGGAAAAUUUGCCGCCUACGAGCAGGCUAACCUGAUGAAAAAACUGUCAACGUUAAAUUGCAUGAAAGAAGAACUUCCUGACACCAUUCAAGCUCUUGGUCUAAGUACUCCAUCCAUUAUAGAAAUUUGCAGGACAGCAAAAAAACAUUGCUACGAAAUCACUGAAAAUUGCGGCUAUUGCGGACUCUUGAUCGCUUUGCGAGCGUUUUUACUUGGCUACGCAGAUUUUUACAGAGUUGCUCUCAGGCAACUAGACCGAAAUAAGAAGAACGAAGAAGACUGGGUCACUUUUCAGAUGUGUUUUACUCUACUGCAAAGCGCUGGCGAGGUUCUAAUAAAUUUCCAACAGCUCGAAAAAGAUUUAACCGCGACGGUAUUAGACAUAAACCAAAAACACAACGCAAUAGAGUUUAAGUAUUUACUUCUCAAUGCUUCCGACUUGAAAGAAUUUGAAUCGUUGGUGAAAUGCGUUACAGAAGGCACGAAGUUGUCGCUUUUGGACCAAGCAAUCAACGAGUUCAAUCGGCUGUGCUCCGAUAUUCAUCACACCACUUACCAGGUCGUUUUUGCACCGAUAUCCGUGCAAUUAGAGGUGGUUCAGUCGCCCAAAACUUGGUCGCAGUUUGCUAAUUCAGCUCUCCAUAACUCUGAUUUACCUGACUACAGUUUUACGCCACAAGAAUAUAUUACACAGAUUGGUCAAUAUAUAAUGACGUUACCCCAACAUUUGGAGCCAUUUUUGUUUAGAGAAAAUCCAGCGCUCUCGUGCGCGUUAAAAUCCGUAGAUCAAGAUUAUAGCAAUGCUGCCGAUAUCGAAGGAGCUUUGGCCGACGUAUUUUUAAAGCUUGUUGCAAAAGGCACUUGCCAAAACUUUUCCGACAAGAUCCUUUCUAUCUGCGAGCUAAGCCAACCGUCCAGCAGACAACUGGCACAUGAUAUUUGUUACUUAAAUAAUGUUUUGAAGGACUUGGGUUUUUCAGUAUCAGAAAACCUUCAACAAUUGGCUGUAUUAUUAAAAAUACCUUCCGACCAAUACCAGGCGCAAAGUGUGGGAUGUUCAGCAAGAUAUGUGGCUGCUGUACGACAAAUGAGAAACAUAACUUCAAAUUAAUGUGAUACUUAUUUUAUUCAUUAAAAAACAAUAAAAACCUUAAUUUAAUUCUGGCGUCCAAAAUUUAAAUGUCCUAUCAUACGAUGCGGUCGCAACAAAUUGAUUGUCAGGCGAAAUGUCAACAGACAUAAUUUUACCGUCGUGCCCCGAUAACGUUUUUAAGGGUUGCCAAGUCCUGGUGGUCCACAGCUUUACAGUGUUGUCAUAGGAGGAGGUGACCAAAAAGUUGCCGCUUUCUUUCUGGAACUUCACUUCGGAUAUGAGAUUUGUAUGAGCGGGAAUCGUGUAAAGCACCGAUCUUUUCCGCAGAUCCCAUAUUUUGCAUGUGUUAUCUUCGCUUCCGGUCGCAAUGUGGUAGCCGUUUGGUGAGAAAUCAAUACCGAAAAUCGCUUUAAGAUGACCCUCCAUGAACAUGAUGCAUCUUCCUGUCCUUAAAUCCCAAACACGCCCAAACGAAUCCAAAC